CUGACAUUGACAUUUGUCAGAAAUGUUCAUACGUAGAUCCGAAAAACGUAAUUAGCUAGUUACGUGGUAGUGUUAUUAAAAGGCUAUAAUGGAGCGCCUUUCUAUCAAGGAAAGGUUAACAGCAGAUAAUACUUUCAUGACUGGAUUUUUAACAUGACGAGAUAGCGCAGACAGACUUCACAUUGAAUCGCGGUUCUAACCUGACUACCGGAGUAUCUUGACGUUUCAUAAUAAUAACAGCUUAGAAAAAUUAUUAUUGUUAUUACUACAGUUGUAAAUAUCUUCUACGAAUGUUAACGCACGUGGAGAAAGUCGCUUAGAUAACCCAGUUAGACCAGUCCGUCACAUAACAACCAUGGCCGAAGAAACCAAGGCACUCAGAAUCUACUUUGUGACAUGGAAUGUCGCCACAAAAUAUCCUGAACAGGACCUCCACCAACUCUUGGGCAUCUCGAACUCAACCUUUCCAGAUUUCUACGUAAUUGGUUUGCAGGAAGUGAAAGCUCAACCCCAGAACAUGGUGAUGGGGAUGUUCACUGACGAUCCGUGGACAAAAGCAUUUAGAGAGAUACUAAAGGAUCAUGCUUACGUUAAGGUGCGCACUCAGAGGCUACAAGGUCUGAUUCUCAAUGUGUUUUGCAAAACGCAACAUUUGACCCAUCUGCGGUUCAUCGAGGCUCAGUUGACUAGGACAGGAUUUGGCGGCAUGUGGGGUAACAAAGGAGCUGUCAGCGUAAGACUGAACAUUUAUGGAGUGAGCAUCUGCUUUGUUAAUUCUCACCUGACACCCCAUGAUCAUCUGCUGGCAGAGAGGGUUGCAGACUACAACACGAUUCUCAAAGAACAUACCUUUACGACUCCAGAUACAGCCAGUAUUUUUUACCAUGACUAUGUAUUUUGGAUAGGAGAUUUGAAUUUUCGAUUGAAUGGAGAAGACCUCACUGCGGAGGACAUAGACAUACUUGUAAAAAAAAAUCAGUUAGAUCUUCUUCUGGACAGGGACCAGUUAAAGGUAGUUAUGCAUAGUGGAGAAGCAUUCAGCGAGUUAGUGGAAAGUAAUAUCACGUUUCCACCAACCUACAAAUAUGAAUUUGCAUCUCAGCAAUUUGAUUUCAAACGCCGACCAUCCUGGACCGAUAGAAUUCUGUACAAAGUUAAUUCUGAAGUAUACGAGGGGAUUAAAUUAAAAGCUGAUCAAACGUUCUACAAAAGUCAUCCUAGCUAUGUGCAGUCAGACCACAAACCAGUAACAGGGGAGUUUGAUAUCAAGGUACGUCUGAACUACCAAGACCAGAAUGUGACCUUCCAACCUGUAGCUGAAUGGUUCAUUGAUGAGGAGAACUGUGUUUCAUAUAAAUUAUCUGGGAGUUUGGGACCCGAAAGUGGCGACUGGAUUGGUUUAUUCAAACACGGAUUUUCCAGUCUUGAUGAUUAUGAGGUCUACGAAUACGUCGGCCGUGGCAGAGCCGCACCUCCUACAGAAUCAGAUUCACUGACUGAUAGAAUUUACUUCAGUGAUUCUGCACUUCAAUCACCAGGCAUGUACCAACUCGUUUAUGUUCGCCAAAGUGGAGGCACUGUUGGGAUUUUAGGCGUGAGUUCACCAUUCCCUGGGUAUCGAAGACUCCGAUCAAACAUCACAUGAGUCGUAGGUGGUUUUUUUAAUGCCUUGUUGCCUUUCAUCGCCCCUCAUUCGUGAUCAAUCAUUCCUAGUUAUUACAUAGCAAAAUAGUAACACGUUACACAUGGGUUUGGCCAUUGCGAUAGUUGUAUGCUUCUAGAGAGCUUUGCUAGAGGCUGAAAAUUUCUGCAUACACCUAGUGUUUUGCGAUAUUGUGUAUGCUACUACACCAGGCUCGUGAAUGACUCGAUUCUUUCCGGAGUUCUACACAUGACCUAGUACAUAAAAAAAUUAGCUUAUUGGACGUAAGGGUAAUUGUGUUCCGCUACAUUUUUAAUGGUAUAGGGAAAAGUAGAUAGUUUUUACUUAGAAUUAAGAUAUAAAAGCUUCAUCGAUUUGUUACUCUUUGUGAUUUAGAUACACUGAGUAUAUUUUCAUUGAGAGGCUGUUUCACCGAACAAAUGAACGUGACUAUUUUAUUCAAUUUACUUUUCGUACCUGGUUUCGCACUUAAGCCACUACCCGGUAAUUGUAUAACGCACAAUGAUACAGGUCGAACAAAUGCAAGUUAGCUUAUAAAUUGUUAUGCAAUGCCGGGAACCUCUCAGAGGUAUAGAAAAAUAAGUAUAGAUUAUUCCAUUAUGUACAAAUAGAAUCAAUUUGUAUAUUUUAUUUUUAACAAAUUGAACGUUAUUGAUUACUAUAUCGUUGUUGGUCAGAUCGAAAAUGAUUUAUUCUUCUAAAGUGAAAAUGGCAAAUGUAAGGCGUUUCUCAAAGUACUUCGAUUAGGAAGCGAAACAUUUUAUUUUUCUCUUUCUGUUCUUCACAGUUAUCAUUGAUGGCACAAAUACUCUUUGGAUAACAUUAUAAUGUUAUUAAAACUGGUACGGGGUUGCAUUUGCACAAAAAACCUACACUGUGUGUCAAAGUAAACACAGAGCCAAAAUCAUUGAUUUAUUGAUUCGAUAUCCUCUGAAAAUAUUUCACCUCACACAGACACACGAGACUAUGAAUGAAGAUAUGUGAAAAUAUAGGUAUAUAUUUUUUAAUGCUGUACAUGAAAUUUGCUGGGAUGGUUCAUUACAGUAAGAGCAAAGUCGAGCAUGUGUGUGGGUUUAUAUUUUACAGCAAAAUUUUGAUGCUUCAUAUGGUCCAAAGGCAGUGUUAAAAUUACCAUUAAAUUUGAUCGAAUUGAUAUGGAACGUCUAAGACGAGCCUAAAUAUUAGAAAAAGAUAGCGUUUUACUGUAUCCUCAGGAUGCAUUUUUAAAUACAUAACUUACAUAUGUAUAAUCUUGAUCAAAAGAUACUUAGGAACAGGAGAUACAGAGAACGCCGCUUAAUAAAAUAUAUUAUAAUAAAUAUAGCAACCUAAAUUGUUAGAUUUUUUUUUUCAAAUAUGUUAAAGCCUAGUCUAUUAAGAAUAAGUACUAUUAAAAUUGUAAGCAAAGGUUUUUUUGCUAUGUCAGUGGUAAACAAAAAUAAUGGAUAAAUAGUGAGUGAAACACAACAAUAAAACUAUAUGAUCAUGA